AGGCACCAACGGACCAAAUGCUACUUCCUCACACGGGACACCUUUAUGUGUAUGAUUAUACUUUAUACCGUACUGUAUAUGUGGUUCUCUAUAUCUAUAUGUGUCUUUAAUAACAUAUGGGGAUAAGGAAAGGAUGCUUAACAAAUACAGCAAGAACAAAAUCAAGUCAUUUAUAAUCAACCUUGCGAGACUUGUGACGAUAUAAUAAAAAAGUCAAAAAAAGAAAAAAAAAUUAAGAGCAAUAACCAAAAUAACACUGAUACCCAAGACAAUUUUAACAGAUAUUGGAUUAGAAAUUGGACAAUCUCUCUUCGGUUCCGGGGAUAAAUAAGAGACGAUCCCACGGGCGUCAGCUUGCGCCCCGCCGCUGCUCCCGGACCCGGAAACUGGCUGCUGUUGUUGAGUCACCGCUGACGGCCAGUAGCCGAGAUCGUAGCGAGCUGCAGCUAGCUGGCAUGAAGCAGGCGAGCGGCGUCCUCCAUCUCCGCUGACACCACCUCACCGAACGCAGAUCUGUGCCACAAAGUCGAGUGACAGCUGCUGAUCGCUACUUAUACAGCCUCGCAGCGAAGACGCUUCUUCCAAAAUGAUGGAAGAAAUAGACAGAUUCCAAGUGCCGACGGUUCCCCCAGAGAUGCAGCCAUUGGACCCUGCAGCUUCUUCUGUUUCCGAGGGCGAUUCAGACACAAGGGAAGGGGAAUCAGUGGCCAUCAAUUAUAAGCCGUCUCCGUUACAGGUGAAAAUCGAAAAGCAGAGGGAGCUGGUCAGGAAGAGCUCAGUGAAGAACGGGAACGUGGGAAGUCCAGUUAAUCAGCAGCCGAAGAAGAACAAUGUCAUGUCCCGUACGAGGCUGGUUGUCCCGAAUAAAGGAUACUCCUCACUAGAUCAGAGCCCAGAUGAAAAGCCUUUGGUAGCUUUGGACACAGACAGUGAUGAUGACUUUGAUGUGUCCAGAUACUCUUCUUCAGGAUACUCUUCGGCUGAGAUCAACCAGGACCUGAAUAUACAGCUCCUGAAGGACGGCUACCGGCUAGACGAGAUCCCUGACGAUGAGGACUUGGACCUGAUCCCGCCCAAAUCCGUUAACCCCACCUGCGUGUGUUGCCAGGGAUCCUCCUCUGCUGCCUGUCAGAUCCAGUAACCUGCAUUAUCCCUGCCCACUACACCUCCGUCUGCAGUGAGUUUGCCAGUAGAACUGCAGCAGAGUCAGAGUUAAACGUUAAAUAAUAAUAAGAAAGGAAUAUAGUUCAGUGAAAUGGAGAAACAUAAAAAAUCAGAAAGGUAGACAAACAGCCGUUGCUUCCUCCUAUGGUAGGACAUGUUCUUAUCUCCGUCCAGCAGUUUGGGAACUUGUGAAAAACACAGUUCUGACUGCUUAUGGCAAAAGAUGAAACUAAAUUACUUUUUUUUUUUGCAUCCCAGAGCAGCUACUGAUUUGGUGAUGGGUUCACAACACUGAUUGGAUUUGGGUUCAUUCUCUUCCCCUGAUACUGGGAAGAUGGUGCAGUGAGUGUACCUCACUGGGAAGAUGGUGCAGUGAGUGUACCUCACUGGGAAGAUGGUGCAGUGAGUGGUUUAGAAAAAUCCUGGAUGCGACAGUAGAGCAUAGAGUGUCUGUAAAAGAUUCAGAAAGAUAGUGGGGUCUUCAUAUCCCCCUGGGGAUUUCUGGGUAGUACUGUGAAUGCAAAUUUUUUUUGACACUAAAGGUAGUACUGUAGCAAAUGCUUGGAAAUUGCACUCGUCUACAGUCUGACAGACACUUUUAUUGUUUGCAUUCUAUUUUUUAUUUAAACGUCCUUUGCUUAGUGUAUUUUUGUCAGCUGUGAGUAAUAGUUUUGAGGUGAAGAGACUGUGGCAUCCUGGACGUCCUUUCUCAGCAGUGGAAGGCUAUUUCGCAGAUGCAUUCAUGGUGCCCUUCGAGUUUCCCCAUCUCACUCCGUCAUUUAGAGAAACACUUUGGGACACAACACAUUAGAAGAAUGAAUUUGGCAUCUCAAAUAUAAAAGGUAACUGACGGUAAAAGUAUUAAGGAUGCAGAGCAAGGACUUCCUGUAAUUUCUGUUAAGUUCCAUACAUUGCAUGCUACAGUGUCGUUUACGGAACACAUUGUACUCACCAGUUCUGUAAAUAUCAGUGAUUGGUUUUGUUUUUUUGGUGAAACUUUAUGUUGUUGGAAUAACAACAUUUCUGAAGCACUUUAGCGUUGAGUUUGUGACUGUAAAUGACUGACAUCACCUUAAUGUUUUCCAUAAACUGGUACCCAAACAGGGACCUACAAAUGCCCGUAAGCCAAACAAUGGCAAGAUAGCUGCUUAGAAUGUAGACUUUUCAUUGCUCAGGUGCCCAGGGCUGUUCUGAAAAGUCAUCUGUUUAGCUAAUUUGCUCCCCUGAGGCCUACAGGCACUCUGGUGUACUGCCUCUUCCCCUGGGCAAAAUUGUCUGCUUUCAAACUGCAGUUUAGCAUUCUAUUAACUUUUAAUGUUCUACCAUUACUAAACACCCAUACUGAGCAGAAGACGACAUAUGCUUGGAAUCCAACACAGUUUAAUUUAAUUGUUUGCUUGUUCUGGUGCAUUAACACUGCAUCAGUUCUGUUUCAUUGCAGUGUAUUUUGAACAUAAACACACAGGAACAGUGUGCUUUUGAAAGUGAAUCCACAGAUAUCAGACGUUUCAGGCAGGUGUACUAAUGAGCUAUGCAGACAUUGGUGGGCCUUCAAGACACUGUAAGGUUUUACAACAUCCUCUCAUUCUCUGGUUUUUUUUUUUUAAUGUUUAUCUCCUUUUGACUCACUCCGCCAUCUGUGACAUGUUCGUUUACUUUUCCCUCUUCCCAUUAUGGCAAUAGGUUUUACGGUGUGGAAAAAAUGCUUUUUCCAGGCUCUUGUAUGAAACCAUUUUUAAAAUUAUUGUCACAUUUAUUAGACUAAAUCUAUUACUAAUUAAUCCAGAUGGGACAGGAGCUGUAGACCUCAAAACUAGCAUGUUUAAAAAUUCUGCUUACUCAUUAUUUCUGUCUUUUAAAAGCCACUGCAUUCGGCUCAGACAAACUGCAAACGGAAUCAGUGGAAGGACGUUUUAUAUUCAUUUAGUCAAAGAUCUCUUCUGGGUUUUCCCAAAAGUGGACACUAUUAUCAGGCUAUCAGAAGGUAUUCAGGGGAAUAGUAAGAACAUAAUCUAAAUCUGUAAAUGGAGGGAGAUGACUUAAUGAGGUGUGAAAUUACAGUUUGCUUACUUGGGAGAGUUGAAUGUGAUAUUUUUUUAUUUUACCUUGCUGUAUGUAGCUGUGCAGCUUACGUUUCAGUAUUAAUUUGACUGAUAAUGUUUGUUUUGAUAUGUUAUUAUUUGGAAUGUUCUACAAUGUGGCAAUUCUAAAAGACACAAGAUUUUCAGUAUGUAAAAAAUAUUGUUGAGAUAUGGUUUUACUGCGCCUCGGUUGCAGCAUUUCAAAAGGUCAAGUAGUAAAACAUGUUCAGAUCUGUUACUUUUCAUAUUUUUGUAGAUGUUUGUUCAUUUCGUUAGAGGUGUUAAUCCAGUUUGCCUGACAGAUGGUCUGUUAAGAUCUGUGUUGUAAUGCAGAGAGUCAUAAUGUUAUACUGUUUAAACCAAGAAUUUGGGAGUUUUGUUUUCAUUAGUUUUAACUUUUCCAUGGGCAAGAGCCUGACAGCCACUUGCUUCUAAACCCUGUGAAGCUGAUCAUUUUUCAUGACUCCCAGUAUCUUCUGUCUGGAUUCUCACUGAAAAUACACACAUGUACAUCCUAGCAUCUUUACAUGCCAAUUAACAUUAAUUGAGGAACAUUCCAGCAAGUGGAAUUUUAUGCAUCAGAUGGAAAUCUCUUCUUGCUGGUUGACCUGUGCCUAAAACUCAAUGAAUGAUCGAUCAGUUUGCAAUAUAGGUCCUUUCCCUUUAAACCUGCUUCCUUCCCACCCUGCCAGGGCAUUUUAUAGGAUUGGAAGAUUACUCUUUGGAGCCACCGGGAUUUUGCCCCCGAGUUAUACUGUAACUUCCCGGUUUCAGCUGAGAUAAUUACUGUAACAGAGCUGCUCAGCUUUUCGCAUAGGGUGUGUUGUAUUAAAGCAGUAUGUUUUCUAGUGGUUGUCUUCAAACACAACUGCUGUUCAUCUCUUUGCCAUUAAUGAUGAUAUAUGGAAAAUGUUCAAAAUUCAUAUUCCCUAAGUCUAUUACUAUCUAAACGCCGUCAUUUUCUUGAUCUAAGUGGCAUACAUUGACUUUCUAAUGCAUGUAAUUGGGGAGAAAAUGAACCUAUUUUGAAAGUUCCAUUCACAGUGAAUUAUAUCCAAUACAUGUUCUUUUAAAUCUCUGCUUUGUAACUUUGUAUGUUGAUAGAAUAUAUAGGACAGGACUUGAGAGAACUGAGCGUAAACGAUUGUGUUAUUUUCCCCUUACAGUUCCCUCUCUCUGGCAGAUCUAUAUUAUGUCUGAUUUCUUUGACUGAUAAGAGUAUACAAGCACAUUCUGUACUGUUCUUUCUUGAUGGCUGGGAUUCCUUUCUUUGGGUCAGUUUACAGUGUAAUAAAUUUUGCUUACCUAGGAUUUCACUCAACACGAUGACUUUGCUCUGUUUAAAAAAAAAAAAAAAAACCCUAAAGGGAUAAACACCAAUUAACGUAUCAUUUUUAUUGAGAUCUCAAAAGCA